AGGACCCACAGAAUAUCCUCGCUUUCUCUCGUAAUAUAUGUUCAUUCUUGCUCUAUUUGGCUGUCGCGUCACACGUAGGGCGGAAACACAGGCAGAAUGGAUUCUGAAUGUUUGUCGAUCCUCUAGGAUGAAAGUCACGUGUGUAGUCUCUUUUAUGUCAUCAAAAUGUAUUUUGCAACGAGCAUCAUCUUUUUCGGGAUCUGAUGAUUGUAAGGAGCAGGCUCAAAAUGCUAAUGUACGGUCGGAAGUAGUCCAACUGCAAGAUGCAAUUUCUGCUGGCGUAAAAAUCGUGCCUGCCUGUGCUGACUAUUUAUUGUUUGUGUUUAUAAUGUUUUCUUUUAUUUCCGCAGAUCUUCCACUUCGCUUCCAGUAAGAUAAUUAUGCUUAUGGUAUAGAAACUUCAUGGUCUUCGUCAUGCUUUAUGUUCGACCGUGGUCCCUGCAACCUGAGGUGUCGUAGACCUCGGAUCCGUAGUUUUUCACUUCGCUUUCUGCUUUAGGCUAGGGGCGGAACUGGCUUCCAGCACGCGAAGAUGACGGGAUGGGAACGGAGCAUGCGGACAACAUGCCCGUAAUUGCAGUCGUACUGGAGCUUGCCCGCGAGGGCCACCAGUAGCUGGAGCUUAUUGCGCCCACGACAUACUUUGAGAAGUUGUUUGGGAAGAAAGUAGCGACUCAGACGAUCAUCAUGAUGGGCACCAAAAAAGGAAGCGCGCCCUCGAUAUCCACCUACACAGGUGGAGGGGGGAAACAAAACUACGAAAAGACGGAUUACGGAACGGUUCCGGGUGACCAAGAAAAGGGCAAGUAUCGAAAACCUGACCACGAUGGUGCGAUAGUUGGCCACGCGCAAAACCACGAGCACGCAACUUAUAACCGAGCAGUUGGAGGACGAGGAGGUCGAGAUGGGUACCAGCAAAGCGAAAGCCAGCGUAUGAUCAGGGACAAUUCUCCAGAUUGAUCAAAGAGAGGCUGCAAUUCAGUAGAAUCUGGCCCUGAGGUUGCCACGACACGUCAGCACCAGAAGAUUGUGUUACGAGAAGGCGGAGCCGGAGCCACGGCUUUCUGUCGCAGCUGCAGCUUGUACGUGAUCAUGGGUGCACUUGCCCUUUUGUAUAUGCUUUUUUUUGCAGCUGUUUUGGUAUUGUACAAAAAAAAUGGUGAGAUGGCUCCGCUCCUGGUUCGUCUUCGUCCUUGCAUGUAUAUAGAAAAUUGUCAGACACAGACAUACAAAUACUGCAGCGCAAAUCUCCUUUUGACGAGUUUGGUAGGGUGGUUUUUUUUUUCUGAUACCACACCACCCGGGGACGGGAGGACCAUACUCAGGAGCCUCCUACGCGGGAGGUGCUACUUCGUCUUCGUCAACCUACAGGACCUCGUCGUCGGUUGUGGAGGUGAAUGUGAAACUGAAUACAACCAGCACUUCUGCACACGAAGACUUUUACGGGUCUUAUCAAUCGACGACCGUUCAUCCAGAGGGAGAUAGGGCUGCCGGGGGGCGCUCCGAAAAACCAGGCAAGCACUACCAGUACUACGGAAACAAGCAGGGACCUUCGGGGCCAGUGGGUGCUUCAGCGAGCGGCUUCGCCAAGAACAAUGGUUCCGGACCGCAACCAGGUCAGCACUACACGCAACCGGGACGAGAUACUGGUGCUGAAGUUUAUGACUACAACGACCACAGCGACGUUGGCGUUAAGUACAGUAAGGGGCCGCAAGCGGGACAGUCGUGGCAGCACGACAAAUCUGCUGACGAUAGCCGGGCUUACGCGUCCUCCAUAACCAGCAAAAACUACACACAAAAGGGCGCCAAGAAUAAACCUUCUUUUUCUGCUGGUCCCGCAACAGGAUACAAUUCCUCAACCGCAACUACUACAACUGCUGGGGGAAAGGAAAGACUAAAAGGCUCGCAAGGGAUUAGGGGCAACCGAUCUACUGAUGUUCCGCCCGGAAGCAGACCCUACGGGUACGAGACCAGCACUGCACAUCACGACACGAACAGAUCGAACAAUUACGCUGCCUAUGCUCCCGACAUCGACGAAAGCCCGGACGCGUCGAAGUAUCAGAGCAGCAACGCGUACUAUGGAAAGGGUGUACACAGCGCAUCAGGUCCAGCAGGAGAGCUGCAGGGGGGAUCGUCGGCGCCGGGAGUUGUGCAAAUGCAACACCAGGUCACUGCAUCCGGGGCGGAUGCUGGAUGGCACUCGCAUGUGAACGAGCGAACUAAUUCCUCUUCCUCGACGUCCCCAGCAGACGAUCGAAUUUCGCGGGCUUACAACAACAAGGAUCUUUCUUCGUGGAAUGCUAUCGAGCAGGAUCCCUACUGGCGCUCGCCGGGGAGGCAGGUGUCUUCCGCAGUAAGUUCCACGAGCAAGAAUUCCUCGACUGCACUGAACAACAAUAUCGGCCUCUCGUCGGCCUCGGCGCACCGAGACCAAGACCAGAAUAAUCACAUGCAUAGUGGUGCCUCCGCCUACCACAACUACAAGGCGUCUAGCACGGAACACGCGGGUGGUCAGCUGCAGCACCUCGGCGCAGCGGUACUAGCUCGGCAUCAGGUCCAGGGCGCGCAGCACAACAACGCGGUUGCUUUUAAAGAUCGAUCGGUGAACAAGGGCAGCAGCAAGUACAGCACUGAUGGUGCAGCUCGCACCUCCACCGCGUACGCCAGCACCAGUAGCCAACGUCAGACGCCAGGUCACUACGUAGAGAAGGUGGGGGCCUCGUCCAGUGGCAAAAAUAAAAGCGAGACCGGGCAUUUUUACCUUGGAGGUGGCGAUGCUGGUCCGUUUGUGGACUACUCCGACAACCGAGCAAGGGGUCCACAGACCGUUCUUACGGGGGGUGCAGAGCGGAAAGGCAAUUAUGCUGAUGCGCAGGAAGCGGCGUCUUUCUCGGCCCAUGCGGGGUACUUUUGGGAUACGACUUCGCAACGGAACAAUGUUCACGACAAUGACGGACAUCCCGAGGACCAAGCUCAUCCUCAUCCCGGAGCGGGAGGAGGGAAGCAAAGGCCAAGCAGCAAAAGCAAAAGCUUCUCUAGCAGUAACAAACAGCAGCUGCAGCGGCCUGAUGCCGCUCCUGCAAAUUUUGGAACAAUGACCAGUGCGGCCGCCGCGGCUCGUAGCGAAGGUAUUCAUGGGGAGCAGCAGGAGCUGCGCUGGAAGUGGAACGGCAACGAAGCGUACGAUCACACGCCGCACCGCACGCCGUCCGAGGUCGGGUGGCAAGAGCUGGAAUCCGCGUCAGGAACUAGCACCAAAAAGGGCAACGCAAUAUUUACAUUCAAAGGCGGAGCGAAGUCGACCAUCCAUCAGUCCAGGGGCACGGAAAGGCAAGACAAUAAAAUGAAUGGCAGCACCAGUACCAGGAAAGACGGCAAUUCUGCAACUUCGCAAAAAGGCGGUAAAAAGAUGAAGCAACAGUCGUCGAGGAAUGCUAGUGCAGCAACGAGCGACGACGAUGGCGCCUUGAGAUCGAGUAGAGGCAUGUUUGGUAUUGUAGCUGCUCAGAAAGAGCACGACUCGCGUGUCGUCGUGCAAGAAACAAAUGCAUCUGGUCCUGCUUCUGCAAACGUCACGCUGCAGCAGGGAGAGGACGCAAGUGCCGCAUUGAAGAGCAGCACCAAAGGCGACAAUCCAGUGUCUUCCCGUCCUUCCGCGAAGGAGGGAGACGGCGGCGUUGAGAAGGUGCGGCUUUCUUCCACGGGGAAGCCGAUACACGUUCCGCUGUGGCAGCGGAACAGUGCAGAGAUCACCACCACGAUCACAACAGAAAACGUUCGGGAGGUGCAUGCCUUCGCCCGCGGAAGGCCGCCAAUAGCCGACGCCGCCGCCGGAAGUAGUGGCGCUGCUCAAAAACAAGGCGUCGGCGUCGCUCCAACAGGAGGGCCCACGCUCGGGGCGAAAAAAGGUGGAAAGAAAACGAGUGAGCAGGCGGGUCGCGGCGCAGCCUCUUCAGCCACGAGGAGGAGCGUCGAAGAGCAAGUUUUUCUCCACACGCGAACGCGAACUGGCAGUGGCCGGGUCACACCUGCCGGUGCGGCUACUCAAGAAAGCGACGAAGACGCAUAUAAUAAGUUGUAUGGUUCGGCUUCGGCCGCGGGCAGCAACGGUCCACCUGCACGGGAGGACAACAAGCUCGAUUCGGCUUUCCAGCCGCAUGGGGAUGCGUGGCGUCGCACUACCAUCGGAGCCACGACCGGCAGCAGCAGCAGCAGCAGCUCUUUCAGCUACCGCGGGGGCGGGAGCAGGAAGGAAGGCCGGGUCCAAACUUUCACUGCCGGUGGACUUCGGCAACACAGUCACAAAAGCACUGCUAGCGGAGGUAGUGGCAGAGGCACAAGCGCUGCUAAAGGAGCAGCAGAACUUCCCGUGCAGCCGCUGUACAACACCACUGAAAUGGAAAUAGUGGCAGGUAACGUUGCAGAUCCAACCAGGUCCUCGUGGGGCCUCUUCCCGACGACAGGCAUGCAGCUGUCUGGUGCAGCUAGUACCUCUGCUGGUGUUGAGACAGCAUCCUCACUGCUGCAGAACUCAUUAUAUGACUUUCAGCAAUCCUCUAUUCCCUGGAAAUGAACCAUCCCAAUCCAAUUUGUAGCCAUGCGAACCAUGUAAAUGUAUAAAGGAGAGUCCGUCACUUGUCUUUGUCAUGCAAAGAAAAAUGGAUGGGGAUGAUAAAUUUUUAGGGAAUAUCCUCGGCGUCCCGGUCCACCUCGGAGAAACAGUAUAACCACCUUCCCGUCCCCUACACCGCAGCGCACCCCUACCUCGCACAGCAACACAUGCCAGGAGCGUCAGAAGCCCAACUCGAUCAAUGGACGGCAUCGGCCGACUCGGCCGCAGCGCUUCCAUUGGAUCCUGCUUGGGGUAGCGCUAGCGACCUGAGACCCAUGGCGCCCCCGGUUGUAGAACACUCGAGCAGUAGGAGCAACACCGCAACAAGCAAGCAAUCUACCGCGUCUGCCACUCUCUUUCCAACGGCCGUCGGCGGGACAGAUACCUCAGCGCUCCUCGUCGGGCAUCUACCUCAGCAAUCGCUGGGUUUACAUGUUGGCCAGAUGGAGCCGCCAACCGCACCGGCUGUGUUGGCCUCUGCUGUGGCCAAAAAACCUGAAGAAGUAGUCCACCAGCAGGAGAAUAAAAUGCCCACAACCGUGUCUCCACCCGCCCAGUCGCAGUCCAAGUCCUCAUCUCCAGUGAAGGGAGCAGCGCAGAGCCAGAGGAAGCAGGCAGACCCGGCGGGAGAGGGCCAGAAACAGGACAGCGGAACCAGUGCCGCUGUAGCCACUGCGCUGCCGAUCAAAUCGCUAGAAGAGAUGCAGCGAGAGCGCUAUCCAUUUGUGCAAGCGUUUCGCGGGGGACCGCUGGUUGCACCUCGACCAAACGUCGCAAACUCGCUGGUCGACUCGGCGUACCCUCCCAAUAUUCAAAGAAUAUACCGAGACGAGUCCUCUUUCGGAGACAGGAGCAGUGCGGUUGGAGAACAAGCGAAUACUAGUACGAUGACCCUCCAGCCUCCUGCAUCGACGCUUUCCGCCGCAAAAGAUGUUGUCGCACCAGAUGGUGCAACUACGCAUUUGUCUUCUUCAGCAACUCUCGUCCCCGGUGACGAACCGUCGAUGCUAAAAAGAAGUGAGGACAUCAACACCGCGAGCAGGACCAGCAAUAGCAAAACGCUGAAGAUCAAUUUGGAAAUAGCAGGAGAAGAACAACUGCUACGACGAGACCCACAGGAGGGUGGAUUAUCAAUCAUAUCGCCGUCCAGUGCCCCCACGCCGACUGGCGUUCCGAAGUCCACUUCUUCCAUUCCACACGGGCGCGUUGAGCACGGAAACGCAACUCCGAUGCAUCCACAGGGCUCCGAUUUAUUUCAAGAUGGUCGCGAUCGCAGUGUCUCUGCCCCCUUGCCUUUGCUGCUGCACAAUGAUCGCCGUUUCUCGGAUGAAGCCGAUCGCAGCCUGCUUAGCGGGGGCGGAGAUCUUCAAAUUGAGGAGGUGCACCACGACCACUUUGACGAUGAGGACAAUGCGCUGCUGGGAUCUGCGGCGUCGUUUCAUAGUCUGUCGGGUACGCUAGAUGGGUUACGACCUGGAGAAGUGGCAAGCGAAAAAGAAAAUGUCGACAAUCCGAAUGAAGAUCCGGACUCGUUUCAUGAUGCUUGCAGCGAUGUCGACUCCGCGGACCUCGGCCUCCAAUCACCUUCGCACGAAAAUAAGAGCCCCGCCAGCUCGCCUGGAAGGCAAGCAGAUUCUUGCGAAGAGCCCGGAGGAAGCGAAGUGAAUUUGCGCGGCCACGAGAAGAAGCGCCGCGCAGAGAGCGACACAUCAACAAAAAUGGUCAACAAGGGGACGGAGAAUAAGUCAUGCGAACACGACGACGGCAGCGGCACGACGAAAAAUCAAAAUCACGGCAUGCUCAGUGUUUCGAAGACAUCAUCUACUUCGCACCAUCUACCUGAGGCAAGCGCGCCCGAGGUUCAGGCUCUCAUACAAAACGUCGUGGCGUCGAAUCCGGUUGUUGAUGGCGAUGGGGGGCCUCUUUUAUCGUCGGCUACAACAUCAACCAUAUCUACCCAGAACAACUACCUGAACGAGGGCCCCCGGAAGACGGGCAAUAUUAUCGGGCCCUCUACUGCCAAAACGCGGACAGGGACCGCAUCAAGCAAAGUGCGGACGGCCGCAAGGAACCGGAUCGACUAUGCGGCCAGAGGCUUUGUCUAUUCUCGUGAUGGACUGCUUUCUUUCCGGGACGUCCUACUGUCUCAAAACCGUCUCCGCCUUUCCCAGCGGGAGCGGGAUAACAUGUGGUUUACUCUUCACCAGCAAAUUCUAAACCGCGACUACCUGGCCCGCCCACAUGGUAUCUAUGCUAAAAAGUCUACCGUCUGGCCCUCACGUGGUGGAGUCUAUCACCCUAACGGUUUUGUUGGCCCUGGGGGAGGAGCGACUGGCUCCGGCGGCGCGAGCGGAUCAGCAGCUGCAGACACUUCGCACAAAAACAAUCGCAUGGGGGAUUUGAACGCGCCGGCGUCCGGCCGCGGUUCGUUCCCUGAGAUGACGAGCUACACGCUGCAAGCCGAAAAAGGAGUAAGGAGUGGUCUCAUUAGGGCUGAUGGGACUUCUACGUCGAGCGGAGCAGACCACCUCUUAGCGCACCCGAUAAAUCGUCCCUCGUCCUCGAUGGUAUCAAGCCUCGCAGUACUCGGAACGGAACCCAUCGACUCAAUUCAGCGUCAGGUCACGGCUGUGUUGAACAAGCUUGCACCCGAGCGAUUCAAGUACUCUUCCUCUUGCUCCUUAUUUUGAUGAUUUCUGUCCUCGCACGAGCAUAUCUCCACAGUUUGUACUGGCUUCGCCUUCGUCCUUAUUUGCAGGAUAAGCAUAGUAGGCAAGAAACGUGCGGCAGUGACUGCCGGGCAGUCGACACAUGAACAUGAUAGAAACUAGACACCAUGCGUGCUACUGCUAUCAACUUCGACUCUUUUGGGUUUCUGGGGAUGAGUAUCUAUACGUAUGUGAUGUUUAUUCUUCGCCAGAUUAUCAAAUACAGGAAGCUUUGCGAGACCAUGGCCGCGCUUCCUAUCAGGAGCGCAGCGGAUCUCGACACCGUUGCUCGAGAGGUAUUUGACAAGGCCGUGUCACAGCCAACCUACUGCGAGAUGUACUCCGACAUGUGUAUGGUCCUACGGACUCGUAUCCAGGAAAAAACACCCAUCCCCCUCCAUUUUUUGCAUGACAAAUAGUGGAUUUUGUGCAUGUUUUGCAUGACAAAUUGGAUAGGGAUGGGUGUUUUUUCCUGGAUAACUCGUUACCCGGAAUUUCCGCAAGACACAGCAGGAACAAGCACGGGCGGGGGCGCGAACAGCCCGGUUGCUGGUCGAGGAGGCAGUGUUGUCUCCACGCCCGCAUCCACCGCAAUGGGCACGGUCGUGUCAGGACCUAGCAGUUCUUUUGGCGGCGCCAGUGGGGGUGCUGGAAGCUCUACUUUUACCUUCACGAGAGCGCUCCUCAAUCGUGCGCAACAAGAGUUUCACACUGCGUUCCAGGAACAGCAACAGAAGGCGGCUCUUGUUGCUAGUUCCUCCUCGAUUUCCAUUGCGAGUCGAACCUCGAGCCGCGGGGAUAAUGCCUCCAGUACCACGGAACUACAGAGCGCAGCUGCAACUAUGGGGGGUGCUGGAGCUCAUCUACAACUUCCAGAUUCAUCACAGCAGCAGCGAGUUUUUACCGUACAACAGGGCGGGCCACCGGCCGCCGGGGCACCAGCCUCAGGUAGUACAACAACUACGAGGACCUCCAUCCUGCACGGCAUGAGCGGGUUGACGAGCAGCAAGUCGGAUGACCAAAAGAAAAAGGAAAGACUGCUGGGGAACAUGAAGUUCAUUGGCCAGCUGUUCCUGCGCAAGCUACUUUCGCAACGGAUCGUGCGGUCGGUCGUCUCAGAGUUAAUCUACCCGGUACGCGGGGAUCCCGGGGAACUCAGCAUCGAGUGCGUUUGCAUGCUGCUGAAAAACGUGGGCAAGACGCUGGAGGCGAGCAGCUCAGGCAAGGAGUACCUGUCGACAUUCAUGGCACGAUUGCGCGAGCUGCUUCGCAUAUUCUACAGAAAAAUACGCCUACACUCAUUCUCAUACCAGCAAAGAAAAUAAUCAUGGCAGCACGUGUCCUUUUUUUGUUUUUUUCUUCCACAGAAAGCUCUGUGAUGCUCCUCCGCAAGAAAGCGAAAUAUCUGUCGUGUUAGAUGGAGAAUGUGAAUGUGCUGCGGAGGCGGAGGACUAGCAUGUUCACAAGGACCACGCCAAUAAGAAAAAAAAUUGUCUAUUUAUUUUCCUUCUGGACAGCACGACAAGUCUCUUUUUUUUCUGGUCUUUUUUUAUGUGCGUACUUCUAUUUUUUUGUAGAAUAGCGUAAACAGCACUCGAAGCGCAUCAAGUUCGCCAUUCAGGACGUCUUGGACCUGGCGGACAAUAAGUGGCUCGAAAGAAUCGUGAGUCUCGGCAAAGGCGGUGCGGCGGGUGUGAAGACAAAAGUAGCGCUCGAGCAGGAUGCACAGCGGGAACAGAAGUUGCUACAAUCCGGAGUCCAGAACCCAUACGCGCAAAUCGUCGCCGCCGGAGGGCGGCCUGAUUACUUUCCCGAAAACUUUUCUCUCAUUGGUUCCAAGGACCCAGAAGAAACCAGUUACCAUCUCGAGGAAGCCAAGAAAAUCCUAGCGUACAACUCGACUUCUUUGUAUUUCUCGUCACUCGAUCGCCCACUUCUCCUUUUGCAGCUUCCUCGAUGAAUUAGUAUCUGUACCAUCUAAAAAUGAAAGCGACCAUUUGCAGGUAUUACUGCGAGGAUCGCAAUCUAGAGGACGCGGUCGGGGCGUGGCGGAGCUGCAUGGAAGACACGACGUCCAACGAGGAGCAGGGACUUCCUUUACAGUAUCUGUUGGAGACCGGGUUCUCCGACUUCCGAAAGUCUGAGUCGGUGGCUUGCCUGCUGGUGGGACUGCUUAGUCCCCCUUCGCCGUGUGUAGAGAUCAGACAGUUGUGCCGAUGUCUCGAGCCAUUUGUGGCCAAUCUAGAAGACUUCCUCCUCGACUACCCCAAGGCCGACAAGUUCUAUCACCUGCUAAUCUCGUCGCUUCUCUGCGACAGAAAAACGGUACUAAAUGGGGCUCACUUGAAACAUUUUAAUUCUAUUUCUUUGCUUACAAUAACAAUUCGAAUUAGAAUUUCCCAAACUUUAGGCCCCAACCGCAACCAGUCGUUGUUUCUGUAAAUGAAAGUAGUCCUCAGCCACGAUUGAUGAUACUUGUGUUUUUCGGGGCGCAAAUGUCACCACCAAGGGCGGAGGCUGCAGGUUGGAGAAGGUGUAAAAGAAAAAUGAAUGUACUACCUGUUGUUACUGUGGUGUUCUUCCAAAACAUGAUCCAACUCCAAAACCAAAACAAAGGUUCGGCUAUUCACCAGCGAUAUUUUGCGAGGGUUUGACUUCCCGGAAACCCCGGGAACGCCGCUUAACGGCAGGGCCAAUGGGCAGACAGGCACAGCAGUCGGGCUUGUUGAAGCUCCUCCGGGUGUAUCAGUUGCCGUUCGCACUGGUGCGGACAAUAAGACCGCAGUUGAAACAAGCGAGCCCUCUCCUAACUGUGCGGAACAACAGACACUGAACCCAGUACAACUGGGAGAAGCUGCAACUGCAUCCGGAACAAAUGCAUCAACACUUGCGGGCACCCUAUCCGAAGCCGGGAAGCAAGAUUCUACAACUUCUCUGCCUAGCGCUGCGGACAACAGACCACUGGAAGGGUCGUUGGCAGCGGCCGGUGUUCAAUUGGACGAUGAUGGCGAGCAACACGAUGUGAAAGACCAGUCUGCGGGUAGCAGCACAGCGCAUCAGACUUUGCACUCCUGCUUCUACGUGCAGUUGUGGUGCAACUGCCUGCGCGCCGUGCAGCGCCGCGCCGUAUCGGAGUGCACAACCCACCCCGAAGAACCUCCUCAUUUCUAAACGCAAAACAUUAUAUAUUUAUACCCAAUUAUGGUGCACGCUCUGACAGACUGCUCUACGCGCUGCCUGCGUGGCAAAUUUUGGAACCUCCAAGAGCAGCACGAUAAUCCGUUUGCAGUUGCAGAUUAGUCAUGGAGAAGCCACAUGUCUUUGUGAUUGUGUUGCAGCUGCUUGUUGCUUCUGCUCGUAGUGUUGCAGCUGUUCAUGCGCUUCAGAUGAGGGGCAGGGGAAGUAGUUGCGCACUCUCAUACGCUGGGCUAGCAGGCCUGAAGACCGCAAUCCAGGAUACGAACCCGCAGGUUGCCGCCUUUUUCUUUGGCAGUCAGAUUUUCCCCGACUAUCGCCAGCUGCACGAACUGUACACGCGUGCGGGUCUGUUCCGCUAUUUCGAUCGAACGGAGCUUUUUGACGAGCUGUUUCAGCUGAUGCAUGCGAAUGCGGACGUUGAAAGUAGCACUGCUGCAAGAACCGAGCAUGGAGAUGAGACGGCGCAACUAGUUGACGAAACGGACGAAAGCAAGCUCAGUGAGGAAUGGAUCUCGCUCAUUCUCACCCGAACCACCCAAGAGGAGGUUCGUGAGGAUGUUUUUUUGGCGAGGCUCGCGGAUACCGCGUUUACUGCGUUUUACAAGCACAGAGACCUUUUGCAACUGCGUAACAAGCGCGGCGGCAGCACCAGCGCUGGCGCUGCUGAUGACGGAGCGACUGCGGCAGCAGGUACAUCGAUACAACCUCCGGGCGACAUUUUAUGAGAGUGCACAACUCCACUUCCACCUCAUUUUCCAGUGUAAAAUUGCAACUAAUCCACUUCCAGCUGUACUAGCAUAGUUUGACAUUUUAGGCUGCAUCAGCAUGCAUGCGUGACAAACUGGAACCCAGACGGUAGCAGUACUACAGUCUGCAGGGAACCUGGACCUGUCAUGCCUUUUUGUCUUAUUUGGCUGGUACUGUGUAUGCCUUGCAUUUCUUUGGGUCGACGUGGGAGGGGCAGUUGUGCACUUUCAUACAUUGACUUCGCGGCUUCUCCUUUCUGGAACCUCCAGAUGGCUUUUCUGGAGCAUUUCUUUCAGCAGAAGAAGAUCGCGCUGCUUCUUCCCGAGGCCAGCUCGCACCAGGAGGAGAAGGCGCGCCGCUGCAUCGGUCGCAUCUUGCUGGACGGGCUGAUUUUUACCUGUCGCCGGGUCCCGGAACUCUCGUCGACCGAGUGCUGUUGGCUCCUGACAGCACUACUGCAGCGGAGUGCCACCUCCGCUUCCCAAUCAGCAAUGAAGGGUGCCGGGGCUAGCCCGCAUGAGCAAUUCACCGCGAGCAAAAACAGAAACUCGUCAGGAAGCCGCGUCGUGUCGCUCACCGAGCCUGUGCUGCGCUACUUGCGAUCGCAGGCCGAUGCUGAUUCUCCGGAACGUCUCAUUGUAUUGCAUGCCCUGGACGAACUGUUGAAGACGAAAUAGAAAGAGUUCGGUUUUGUUUCAACGUUCAUCUCAACAUAUUUACGACUUUCGGCUCUCGCAAGGAUAUGCGAGAUCAACAUCCAUAGAAGUGGAGCGGCAGCGACACUUUUUUCAGAAAACGUCAAUACAAACAUACGCAAUCCAUCAACAGCGUGGUUUUGAUCAAACCUAAGCAGCACGCAUAGCCGUCUAGCACUUUUUGAUGCGUCCUGUGUUUGUGAUUUCCAAGCUACUCCUCGUCCUCGUUUGCGUAUCCAUAUGUCGAGGACGCAUUUUUUUGUGUCGCACCUGCAGCUGCUCCAGAUUUACUUGUUGUAAGUGUAGUAGAGAAAGCGAAAGGCGACUAACAUAAGCAAAUCAAUAGCUCUUUCACCACUUCGUUGACACAGGUUCUUGAUUUUAUCGGUGUGCGAGAGUUUUCUCACGUCCUCGUCUUUCUUUUUCAUCGUCAAAUCUGCUUACGUGCAAGGAGGAGCUUCGCUGACUCGUGAAUAAAGCUACGAGGGUUUUAAAGAAGGAUUCGAACGAAUUCGUCGCCAUUCUUUUUAUCGUUGCGAUUAUCGUUAAAGAAUCAACAUACGUUCGAUUUUAGCAUUCGUUUUCCACCAGCUCAAAAUCAAAUCGAUUUCGAUUCGAAACAUUCAGCGUAGCUAUCUCUUCAAU